UGAUAUUAAAGUGAAACUGUUAUAUAUUAAAUAACAAAAGUGUAUGACUCUCAGAAGAAAGAUCAUCUAUCUAAUUGAGUAAAUUUAUUGAUGAAAUUGCCUUUCAUAUUUGUAACAAGGCUAUAUUUCUUUAAUAGAAUGCCUUACUAUGCAGUUGCCAAAGGUCGAAAACCUGGAAUUUAUGCUACAUGGGAUGAAUGUAGUACUCAGGUUCUUAAAUUCCCUGGAUCCAUAUAUAAAAAAUUUGCUACGGAAAAUGAGGCUAAAAACUUUAUAAAAGAACGUUCCUCUUCUGCUGCUGGAACAAGUUUGACCAAGAAUCUUGUCUCGUCGAAAAUCGUUAAACCUAUAGAAUCAAAAGUUCUACCAAAACAAAUGUUUUCACUUGGAGGCAAACAAGCCACAGUGGCUCAGACAAAAUCAUUAUCAUCGUAUUCAAAAAGAACUUUAUCAAUAAAUAGCAAUACCAGUGAACAACCAAGUAAAAAAAGAAAAAUUUUAUCAAAUAAUCCAGACUUUACUUCAAUUCAAACCUCUGAUCAGGAUAGCAAAGAGGAUUUUAUUGUGGAUGAAGAUGACUAUGUAAAUGUCUUCACUGAUGGCGCAUGUAGUUCCAAUGGAUACAAAAAUGCACAAGCUGGCAUCGGCGUUUGGUUUCGAGAUAAUCAUCCAUUAAAUGUAUCUCAACCAGUGGUGGGACGACCCACCAAUAACAUGGCAGAAAUCCAAGCUGUCACAGUAGCUGCAAGACAAGCUAAGAAGGCAGGAAUAAAAAAGCUUAAGAUCAAUACCGAUUCGAAAUUCGUCAUCUCCUGCAUCACACAAUGGAUGCCAAGUUGGAAGAAGAGAGGAUGGAAGACAAUAGAAAACAAGCCAGUUAUAAAUAAAAAAGAAUUGUUGGAAAUGGAAAAAGAAUUGGAGUCACUGACUGUUGCUUGGAAUCAUGUGAAUGGACAUAUAGGAAUUUAUGGUAACGAAAUGGCAGACAAGCUGGCAAAAGAGGGCUGCUUGCUGUAUAAGUCAGAUUAAACAAUAAAGAUACAUAUAAAAAAAAA